AUGAAUGGACUAGACUGCAAUGGAGUCAUAUUUGCUGAUGACAUCAAGUUAUGGCGAGCGAUCAACGGCGAACAUGAUGAACGGGCCCUGCAAGAAGGACUGAACCGCCUAAGCGAAUGGUCUGAGAAAUGGCUGCUAAAGUUUAACCUAGAGAAGUGCGUCGCGCUGCAUCUCAAAACGACUGGAAGAUCUGACGGAGAAGAUCACCAUUUUCAACUUGGUGGAAGUUGCCUUUCAAAUGUAACCGAACAGAAAGAUCUUGGGGUUACCAUUCUGUCGACACUUAAGCCUUCAUCUCAGUGUGUUAGGGCGUCCAAAAGAGCAACUAGUGUUCUCUUUGCCAUUAAACGAACUUUCGUGGACAUAGACAAAGAGUUAUUUGGAAAAGUAUACGGAGCGUUCAUUCGCUCGCAUCUGGAAUAUGGAAUCCAAGCGUGGCGCCCGUGGCUAAAAAAAGACUAUAAGUUGCUAGAAAGAGUUCAGAGGAGAGCAACAAAAAAUGUAAAAGGCCUCAGGACUUUACCUUACAACUGCCGACUUAGGGAACUUAAACUUUUUCCUCUUGAGUACAGGCAGGUUCGAGGAGAUCUCAUACAGGCCUAUCGGAUAUUGAGGAACCGGGAAUGUGCCCUAAACCCUGACAAUUUCCUUACCCUGGCCACAACAACAAACCUGCGUGGGAACUCUCUAAAACUUAGAGGAUCCCGAUGCCGGCUGGACGUUCGCAAAUACUGUUUUUCACAGCGAGUCGUCGGUGCCUGGGACGGGCUUCCCGAGGACGUAAUAAUGGCGGAUACCACGGAGACGUUCAAGCAAAGACUCGAUGCAUAUUUGCUUGGACACUAUCGCUUGUCUGAACAGAAGAGCUCUGUGGUGCUAAACCAACGCCUUGCAUACUCAUACCGCUAAUGCGGAUGACCGUCAUUACAUUUUACUGAAAUCAUCUACAACUGAAUGUUCUAAAGUUUUGGUUCUACAUUUUCACGGAAAAUAUUAUGUUAAAUGUAUAUAUUACUGACAAUAUUUCAGUACCAUGUUUAUUUAUAGCGAGAUAUUGCAUGUACUGUUUACAAUAGGGUUUUCAAAGGCAUUGCCUAUUACUCUUAAAAUAUACUGACCUAUACUGACCUAGAUCAGCGUGAAUGGAACCCCACUGCAAGUGGUGGAGAACUUCCCGUACCUGGGCAGUACCCUCUCCCGUAGCACCAAAAUCGAUGACGAAGACGCUCGCAGGAGUUCAAGUGCCAGUCAAGUCUUCGGUCGCAUCCAAAGCACAGUUAGGAAUCGUCAUGGUCUGCAAAUGAGCACGAAGCUGAAAAUGUACAAGGCCGUCAUCCUGCCGGCGCUACUGUACGGAGAAGAGACUUGGACAGUGUACACAAAGCAGGCACGCCGACUGAACCACUUCCACCUCAGUUGUCUCCGUCGCAUUCUGAGACUGAGCUGGCAGGAUCGAAUUCCCGACACUGAUGUGCUGGAACGGACGGGAAUCCUCAGUAUCUACAACAUGCUGAGACAAAUGCAACUGCGCUGGAGCGGCCACCUGGUGCGCAUGAACGACGAACGACUACCCAAACGACUCUUCUACUGAGACUUCGCGACGGGUUCUCGUUGCCAAGAAGGCCAAAUUCGUUUAAACAAGGAUACUCUAAAGUCCCACAUCCACUUCCUCCGACUCCAGCGAUGAGGACCAGGACUACACCUGCCCUCACUGCGACCGCACCUUCACCUCACACAUCGGCUUGGUCGAUCACUUGCGAAUCCAUCGCACAGAGACUGGCGAACCAUUGCCUGGCGCACCAACCUACACCCACCGUACUUGCCUCCACUGUCCACACGGCCCUCGCACCUUCACGCACCGCAUGGGCAUAUGCGGCCACAUGCGCAUGCACGAGAGCGGAAUUGACCACAAUUCCGACACACCAACCACGUCCAACGCGCCCACCGUACCCAGCCCCACCCUCGCUCCAUCGCCCUGCGCUCCUAUCAACAUCGCCGCCGCCGCCGCCGCCGCCGCCACCACCACCACCACCGACUCCUCUGUAGCUGACACUGACACCGCCGACUUCUCGUGCCCACACUGCCCACGCACGUUCUCCCCACGCAUCGGCCUGGUCGGUCACUUGCGAAUCCAUCGCACAGAGAAUGAAGAACCAGUGCCUAGGGCACCAACCUAUGCCCACCAAGCUCGACUCAACUGCCCACAUUGUCAUCGCACUUUCAGGCAUUGCAUAUGCCUAUUCGGUCACAUUCGCAUCCACGAGGACCUGCGGUAG